GCCGACAGUAGAGUACGGACGCAAUAGCGGUCCAUCCAUAAGGUAAAGUAUCACGAUUAUGGCAUUGACCCUUCACCUUUCCUCUUUUUUCCUCCCUCUCUAGAUGCUCAAGACUCGUCAAACUCUCUCUCUCUCAUCUCCUUUCCUUUCUCACCAAUCCAGUAUUUUCAAUUUUUCUUUUCCGAUCUUAAUAAACAACUUCUACAUUGUUUGAAUUUACAGAAAAUUUAAUAAAUAACCAGAAUCUGAUCUUCAUCUUCCCCUUUGGAUCCUCUGCGUAUCAAUUAUUGCCCAUAAAGAGAGAGAGAGAGAGAGAGAGAGAGAGAGAGAGAGGGAGAGAUUGUGGUGUCCAUCAUCUCUCAUUUCAUCAAGAUUUCGAGGUAAAGGACAGCAUUUUGUAUUCAUUUCUAUCUGGGAAUACUUAUUUCCUGGAAUUGGUGCUGCAGGCUUUCGGUUCUGAAGUCAGGAGAGAAGUUUCUCGUCAUAUUUAUCUCUUGUUGUUUCUCUGUAUCUGGAUUGAUAGUGAGAGUCAUCAAACCCGCGUAGUUUUGGAUUUCAACUGUAUAUGGGCUCUCCUUUGGAGUUGCACACGUUGUAAGCCAUGGGAGAGUGGAUUAUUGGAGCUUUCAUCAAUCUCUUUGGCAGCAUUGCCAUCAACUUUGGGACUAACCUUCUUAAAUUGGGCCAUACUGAGAGGGAGAGGCAUUCUACACUAGACAUUGAUGGAACAAGUAGUAAGAGUCAUUUGAAGCCUAUCAUUUACUUUCAGACUUGGAGAGUUGGUCUUGUAUUUUUCUUUCUCGGAAAUUGUCUUAAUUUCAUUUCAUUUGGAUAUGCUGCUCAGUCACUUCUUGCAGCCUUGGGAUCGGUUCAGUUUGUAUCCAACAUUGCUUUUGCCUACUUCGUGCUGAACAAAAUGGUGACUGUUAAAGUUCUUGUUGCCACAGCCUUCAUUGUUCUUGGGAAUGUUUUUCUUGUUGCCUUUGGCAACCACCAGUCUCCUGUGUACACACCAGAGCAGUUGGCAGAGAAAUACAGCAACAUGACUUUCCUUUUUUACUGUAUGAUUCUGGUCAUAGUUGUUGCCUUGCAUCAUUAUAUUUACAGGAGAGGAGAACUUCUGAUUGCAGUUUCUGGACAAGACCUUAGACCUUAUUGGCAGAUGCUUCUUCCUUUUUCAUAUGCUGUCGUUUCUGGUGCAGUAGGAUCAUGCUCAGUGCUGUUUGCAAAAUCUCUAUCCAACCUGCUAAGAUUGGCCAUGUCUAAUGGUUAUCCGUUGCACAGCUGGUUCACUUACUGUAUGCUGCUUUUAUUUUUCAGUACAGCAGGAUUUUGGAUGACGAGGUUGAACGAAGGAUUGUCACUAUUUGAUGCAAUCCUUAUUGUUCCAAUGUUUCAGAUUGUUUGGACUUUCUUCUCCAUUUGUACAGGAUUUGUCUACUUUCAGGAAUAUCAGGUAUUUGAUGCACUGAGGACAACAAUGUUCAUACUAGGAAUGAUGUGUGUCUUUAUUGGCAUUUCUUUGCUGGCACCUGAUGAGUCCAGAGGUGGUGAGGUCAAAGAUAAUGCAUCCUUGGUUUCAGUUGUGUCUUCAAGUGUUACAAGCGAAUCAGACUCAGACAGGCUGAUCAACCCGGUUGAAGAUGCACAAAAUAAGGAUCCAAGAUCAUUUGUCCAAGCAAUGGCAGUGAAGGUCACAGAAAUGCUAACCAAGGCAAAGACUGCUUGUUCUUUAUCACUAGGUUUCGGAGAGGACUCGAUCAGUGCAUCUGCAGUUUUGGUGAUGCCUAUGGUUUCAUCCAAGAUAACAGGUUUCAGAGGAAGUGUGUUCGACCGGCCAAAGAUUUUCUCAUUGAGAAAUUCUGGUUGGAGUAAGAUCUCAAUGGAAGAAGAUGGUAUAAAAGUGCUAGACUCAAACCCAGUGCUUCCUCAAGCCCCUUGACUGAAGAAUCUUACAAGUUUGCUGCGAGAAAUUUUUUUUCCCCCCAUUUUUCCCACUUCAAAUUGUAUCUGUUGAUAGCAUUACAUUUGAUUAGGAUUGACUGAAAAUAUGGCUCUAUCUCGAGUAUUCUUGUAGCUUUGAAACAGCACCAUAUUGUAUAUUCUUUUCUCAUUUGAUUCAGAAGAAAGGAAAUACUUGUUUUUGUCUUC